AUGAUCAUCACAAAAGGAUUGAACCUCAUCCUCCUCCUGGGAGUCACGUCCAUUUUAGGUCAAAGGCUUCUGAGACCAGCCCUCAGCAGGAUCCAGAUAGGACAGAAAACCUUCAGCCCACUGGUAACGCUCAGCUUGGAGAGUACGAGGAGCAGCUCUCGCCGGCGAGACCCCACCUUCGCCUACGUCAGACGCAGUCCACUGGUGCAAGAUUCAAAAAGGUUUUUGUCUCCAUGGUCGAAAUGGAGCGAGUGCUCAGGAAAGUGUGGCCAAACCGGUGUGCAGAAGCGUACCAGAUCCUGCCUAGCUGAGCACCUCUGGGGCGUGCACUGUAAUGAAGCAACUGAGGAAGGGCGGCUCUGCAUUGGACAUGUCUGCUCAGCCUGCAACAUCUCCUGCCCCAUGGGCCGUGUCAACGCCGACUGCGACGCCUGCAUGUGCGAGGACGCGACCCUGCACGGGAAGGUCUCUCUGGAGGACGGGUCACCUGCUGCUGAUGCUCGGGUCUACCUGCAAGCCAAGACACUCAAGCUGUUGACAACGGCUGAUGACAGGGGCAUGUUUAGAAUCCCAGGGGUUUGUCCUGAUGGCAAAAACACCCUUAAAAUAAAAAAAGCCAAGUAUGCAACAUCGACUGUCACCAUACCAGAGAGCAACAGAAAAAACCUGGGGAUCCAAGUGCAGCUGCACCGAUCAGGCAAACCCUACAUUCUCAGGAGCCCCGAGGACAAAGCCAGGAGAGUGGGACAGAGCGUAGCGCUCUGCUGCGAUGCCCUCGGGAGCCCGGCCCCUGACCGCUACCUCUGGUACCACAACGGCUCCCUGCUGGAUCCCUCCUUAUACAAAUACAAAAACAACUUGAUUCUGAAGAACCUGAACAGAGACCAGGCUGGAGAGUAUUUCUGCAAGGCCAGCAGCCCCGGGGGGUCGGCGAAGUCCCGCUCUGCCAAGCUUGCUGUCAUAGGGAGACAGGAGGCAGCCUGCAACUCCCAGCCCCAGAGCCACCUCAUCCGACUUCCCCAUGACUGCUUCCAAAAAACAACCAACUCCUUCUACUACGACGUGGGCAAGUGCCCAGCAAAGACCUGUGCUGGGAAGCUGGAUAAGGGACUCCGGUGUAAGGACAACAUCUCCUACUGCUGUGGGGUGUCCAAGAUGGAAACCAGAGACAUCUCCUGCAACGGGUACGUGCUCCCCACUAAAGUUGUCAUAGAAUGUGGCUGCAAAAAAUGCACCGAGACCAAAAUAACAGUUCGAGGCAGAGCCACAGCAGCAGAUAAUGGUGAGCCACUGAGGUUUGGCCACAUCUACAUGGGCAACAAGAGAGUCAGUAUGACUGGCUACAAGGGAACCUUCUCCAUCCAAGUCCCAGCAGACACGGAGAGGCUGGUUCUAACUUUUGUUGAUCGGCUGCAGAAGUUUGUGAACACAACAAAAGUUCUGCCCUUCAAGGAAAAUGGAGGUGCUGUGUUCCAUGAGAUCAAGCUACUAAGAAAGCAAGCCCCUGUUACACUGGAAUCUGCUGAAACCAACGUGAUUUCCUUGGGAGAAGCGGAAGAUGAUCCAAUCGCUGAAUUAGAAAUCCCUCCUGAUACGUUUUAUAGGAAAAAUGGAGAGGUCUACAGAGGGAAAGUGAAAGCCAGUGUGACGUUUCUGGACCCAAGAAACAUCUCCACAGCCCCUGUGACACCAAGCGACCUGAACUUUAUAGAUGAGGAAGGAGAUGUGUUUCCACUCCGUACGUACGGCAUGUUUUCCGUGGACUUCACUGACGAACAGGGAUCCGAGUCUCUUAACGCAGAGGCAGUGAAAGUUCACUUGGAUGCUGCUCAGGUCAGGAUGCCAGAGCACCUGCAAGAGAUGAAGCUUUGGUCACUGAACCCAGAGACAGGAUUAUGGGAGGAAGAAGGGGACUUCAACCUUGAGAAAAGCAGACGGCGAAAAAGGGAAGAGAGAACUUUUUUGGUUGGGAACAUGGAGAUCAAAGAAAGGCGGCUUUUUAACCUGGAUGUCCCUGAGAGCAGGCGGUGCUACAUCAAAGUCCGGGCAUACAGAAGUGAGAGGUUUCUGCAAAGUGAGCAGAUCCAAGGGGUUGUGAUUUCUGUUAUCAACACGGAGCCAGAGCCAGGGUUCUCCUCCAACCCCAGAGCAUGGGGCCGUUUCGACAGCGUGGUCACUGGUCCCAACGGUGCCUGUGUGCCUGCCUUCUGCGAUGACCAAAACCCCAGGGCCUAUGCAGCUUAUAUCUUGGCCAGCUUGGGGGGUGAAGAGCUUGAAGCUGUCUCCUCUGCUCCCAAACUCAACCCUAACGCUAUUGGAGUCCCACAGCCAUACCUCAACAAGCUCAACUACAGGAGAACAGACCAUGAGGACUCCAGCACGAAGAAAACAGCAUUCAGCAUUAACAUGGCCAAGCCAAGCCCUAAUUCCCCAGAUGAGAACAAUGGCCCUAUUUAUGCCUAUGAAAACCUGAGAGAGUGUGAGGAAGCUCCACAUAGCGCUCCUCACUUCAGGUUUUACCGGAUAGAAGGAGACAGGUACGACUACAACACUGUUCCCUUCAGCGAAGACGACCUCAUGAGCUGGACCGAUGACUACCUGGCGUGGUGGCCCAAGCCCAUGGAAUUUAGGGCCUGCUACAUUAAAGUAAAAAUAAACGGACCCCAAGAGGUGAACGUGAGGUCUCGUAACAUGGGUGGGACGCACCCACGUACCAUUGGCAAGCUCUACGGCAUCCGGGAUGUCCGCAGCAUCCGUGACCCCCGGCAGCGGGACGUGUCGGCAGCCUGCCUGGAGUUCAAGUGCAGUGGGAUGCUCUUCGACCAAGACCGUGUGGACCGCACGCUCGUCAAAGUGGUGCCCCAAGGCAGCUGCCGCCGGGAGAGCGUCAACAGCAUGCUCCAUGAGUACCUGGUGAACCACCUCCCCAUGGCUACCAACAACGACUCCAGCGAGUACACCAUGCUGGCUCCUCUCGACCCCCUGGGACACAACUACGGCAUCUACACCGUCACCGACCAAGACCCCAGGAUCGCCAAGGAAAUCGCCCUGGGCAGAUGUUUCGAUGGCACAUCUGACGGCACCUCCAGAACCAUGAAGAGCAACGUCGGCGUUGGGUUGACAUUCACCUGUUCAGAGAGGAGCGCAGCGGAGCAAAGCAUCUUCCAGUCUCAGAGGAACUCGGGUCAGCAAUCCAUGCUGGUUCUGCCGGGGCAGAGCCCUGCGUACCAAAGGCCUGCGAGCCGCCAGCCCACCCAAGGCAGGACCCCCAUCAGAGGUCAACGUCCCCUCCCAUACUAG